AUGGAAGAGCAGGAGCGCGUCGGUGCAAUGAAUCGUAAAAUCCUGACACAACUGGAUAUGGAAGGAGAGGGACGAGACAGAACGCAGACGGCACGCGAGGAAGUGUCAGGAACAGAGGAGGAGUGCAUGGGUGGUUUGUCGUUCCUUUUGAAUUCGUCUGUAGUACAGUAUUCUAACUGGCCUGUUGCUGACGGAUACAUCACAUCUCUUAAUGUACCAGCAAACCCAAGCGCCACCCCCAAAACAGGUACGCCAUAUAGUGGCCAUGGGAUGUCAUUCGGUGAACGCAUUAUCAACACUCUCUUUCACUGGAUCAUUAUUAUAACGAGAUAUAUCCAAAUUUAUGUUUUGGAUAGUAUGUUUACAAGAAAAGGCUUUCCUCAAGUUGGCAUUAUUCAGUCUGAAGCUGAACGAUUGAUCUACGCCGGUAGAUCGGAAUUUCUUUUCGAUGUCAUUCGACCAAUCAAUAAUCGCGUGAAACAUUUUGGUGGUGGCAGUAAAAUAAAUCCGAGGGACUACGUGACAGUUUUACCUGAGGACAGCCUUCUGAAAGCAAGCUCCGUCAUUUGCAAAGCUCCCACUACCAAUUUCCGUUAUAUGAACAGCUCGCUGGAGGUUUCUAGAAGGAACAACUCGACAGUACCGCUCUCCUUCAUUAAUUGUGUCUGUUCGUCAAAAUCAGCGGCUGUUUCGAUCCGCAGCAAGCAGAAGAUCUCUGACGUUUAG